UAGCCAGUGUGUGUAUAAUCGACUUCACUUUUGUAUGGGCCGGCCAUUGCCGGCCAUACAGAUACAGAGUUUAUAUAAACUCUGUACAUACAGAGUGUUCCAAAACGGACGACUUUCCUAUUUCCCAUGCCACAGUAUAAGAUUCAUACUGUGGCCACUACGAAAGAGCAUAUAAGAAUGCAUAAGAAUUCUAAAUUAUUUUUUAAAACAUACACUGUCGUAGCCUACUUUAAUACCUAUCUAUGUACCUAUCCAUACUGAGAUUAAAAUGGCAACACCGCAGAAGUCGGGAUUUCAUGUAAUGUGAAUUCUCCAUACAUAUACGUACGCAUGCAUGUAUGCAUUAAGAAGCUACAAGCACUUACCAGCAAUAAGUUUAUGGCCAUUUAUUAGUUACACAAACAAAUUCAAAGAUGAGCCGGAAAGAAGCUUUAUCCCAAUUUAUUCAACAAAUACAUGGACGUCCAGUUGUUGUAAAAUUAAAUAGUGGCGUGGAUUAUAGAGGUGUUUUGGCUUGUCUAGAUGGUUAUAUGAAUAUAGCACUUGAACAAACAGAAGAAUAUGUAAAUGGUCAAUUAAAGGAUAAAUAUGGUGAUGCCUUUAUUCGUGGUAAUAAUGUAUUAUAUAUUAGUACACAAAAACGUAGGACCUAAAUAAAUAUAAUGCUUUAUAUAACUUA